UUAUAAUUUUGACCUACGAGAUUAUAAAAUGAAUACUCCUGACGUAUAUUAUUUUUAUACGAUUUGCUUCAUAUUUUGAAACAUUUAUAGUUUUUUUGUAUGAUUUUUAGAUUGUAUUUAUUUUGUGAUCAGAUUAUUUAACAUCAUGGCUAUGAAGAAUCUUGUGGAUAAAAUGAAGAAGGGUAAUGUUCCCUCUCACUUCGACGAUGACGUCAUGGGAAUACUUCAGAGAAUAGAAGCACAUCAAACUGUAAUGGGAGUGCUAUUUAUAAAAAAUGAUCAAGCUCAACUAGCUACCUUGCCAGAAGCGAUGUCACAGAAAUUUGCACCCAGUUUGCCUAAACUGGCCACGUUGUUUAAGCACGCGGUUAAUGAAAUUGAUGUAUUCGACGAACUAUUGGCGUUCAGAAUCGAAACGGAACAGUUUGAAGUGUUGGUGGCAACAGGCAGUGAAUUCUAUGCAUGCGUCGUCAACAGGGUGAAGAAGAAGACGAAGAAGAAUAAACAGAAACAAAAAAGAGGGUAUUAGCGUUUCCAUGACAAUGGAUUAUUAUGAUGAGCAUAAUUGGUGCACUCAGGAUCGGAUCCCAACGGAGGAAGUCCUCGGUUAACUUCUUCUUAGCUUAUGAUUUAAUGAACGAUACUUUUCUACAGGAUAUUUACCGGCGAAAUCAUGAAGAUAUUGCAUAACUUACUCAAAGAUAAGAAAGACGAGUGGCUUGUUGAAACGACUGCCUUGUUAAACAAGGUGAACCCGAUGGUAGACAGGAUCAUGAAUGACGAUUCUGUGGGUGGAGUUAUUAUGACUAAUAAAGAAGGUGCACCUAUUUUAACAAAUACCAAUUUAAUGGCGGCUAACAAUUAUGGAGCGGCUUUGAGACGACUGGGAUCAUUCACUCAAGCUUCAAUAAAAGAUAUGGAUCCCUUCGAUGAAGUUUUGGUUUUGAGAGUGAACACGAAAAAACUCGAGAUGAUGGUAGCUCCACAUGCUGAAUUUAGUAUCAUUGUCAUUCAACAAUUCAGGACACUCUCCAAAUUAAACAAAUCCAUAAAGAAAUAAAGUCCAAUCGCACUACCAUAAACUAGCGUAGUAUGAGGUGUGAUGCGGAACUCAGAAAACUGUUUUCUAUAUUCCAUGGGUGUAUCACAUAUUAGUUAAUUAAUUGUAUGUACUGUACAUUUUUAUACCUACCAAAUAAUUAUUUAUUGUAAUUUUAUUUACAAAUGUAAAAAUAGAAAUGUUUGAAAAAUAAAAA